UCUUUCCCAUCACACCUAAGCAUUUAUUUCCAUUCAUGCUCCACUGCUGCAACAGCCCAAUAAAAAAUUCGAAAUAAAAUAAAAUAAGGAAGAGAAAUGGAAGAAACCCCACAAAAUCUUUUCAAAAUUCCCACAUGGGUUUGUAUUGAUUUCUCUCUUUUCUAUCUCCACGGAUUUUAUGGUAGACUUUGGAGCUCUUGGAUGACGGUGAUAACAGAAAAAUGGGCCUUUUUUUCCUUUCAUGGGAUCGGUUACUUAAGGGGGUAGGAGUGGAAGGCUCUUUUGGGUGUGUUUGAUUUUGAUGCUAAGAAGGAUUCUUUUGGAGUUUUUGAUAUGAAGAAGGUUUUUGGGUUUUGGGUUUUGUUCAUGACUGUGGGAGCUGUUUUGGUGUUCCUUUCUUUCAGCAGCAGCAGCAGUGGCUCUUUGGGAGAGGAUCUGCUUGUGGGGAAUGCAGGCUCGGUUUUCCCUGUACAUGAGGAAAACAUGAAGGCAGCAAUGACUAACAGAAAACUGAAGGAGAACAGCUAUGAUUGGAGCGGCAGCACAGAGAAGGGGGAAUCAGGUGACCUAAAUUUGGAGGAUUACCACUCUAUAGAUCCUGUUCCAAGUUCGAGGGCAUCCAUAAAGACUGGACCGAUCGAACAUGGCACUCCUGUCAUCCCUUACAUACCACGGCCAACUCCCCCAAGUCAUCCUGGGCAUGGUGGGUCCCCUUAGACAAUCGCAGCCACGUCUUCGAAUUUCAUGUCCUUAUCACUUAAAACUUGUAAGAUAGUACUUUAUGGAGCUGUUUACUAUCAUGGUUGCAUGCUAGACUGAAUACUAUAAUAACUGUAUGUUGGGAAUGUUUACAGACUUCGGUCAGUUAAUAAAAUUAGUAUGUUUUUCUAGAGUCA